GUGUGAUUGGUGUAAUUCAAUGGAAUAGGAUGUAGACUUACAAAGAUAUUUUGUUUGCAAGAAGUUCAUUUAAGUCUCAACGUGGCCGCCAGUGGCAGUGACAGUGACUUGCGCCAACUGUUAUGGGCAUUCUGAUUCUGAUUCAGGUGUGUUAAAAUGUUUUCGGAAGAACUAAGGUCUGUUGAAGCUGAUUUUAUGAUAUCUGCACUUGAAGAUUUGAAGGAGGAACAAAGGAUAAGUAAAAAUGUGCAAGGUAUGUCAUCAACUGAGCUGAUGAAGCUUAAGGAUCACUUGGUAUCUAGCAUACAAGCUGUGUCGCAGCAACUGGGCUUGCUGCUGCAGGAGCGCGACUCGCUGCAGGAGGAGGUGGCCGGCCGGCACGUCACCAUCGCGCAGCUGCUGCGCAUACAGGAGGACCGCGCCUCGCAGCUGGGCGUCCAGCCGGCCGUUCAGAUGUCGGCUGUGCCGCGCCGGUAGCCACCGGACGGCACUCCGCCAGCCACGUGAUACCUGAUCGCCUCAGCUUUACACCAGUCCGCCUACCCGCCGAACGACCGGGCGCGCGGGGCCCUCGAAACGUCGCGACGUUGACCAUGACAAGCGAUAUGCCUACAUUACGGCGUAGCUACAGCGGGUUAGUCCCAUAAUCAUCGACACUAGACAGUCAUAUCAGAGGAAUUCUAGACUAUGUAGUAUCCCCAAAAACUCCAGUGUGGUGCAGAUCAUUUGCAAAAUGACACGUAGGACCUGUUGCGUAUUUAGGGUAGAGUGGCUGGAGACUGGUCUGCGAUUUUUACGCAGCUAGUUAUUUCUAGUCCUAGUCCCUGCAUCUAGGGCAUUAUCAAGACGAGUUGAUUGCCUAGUGCGGUAUUAUGCUUACUGUCCGGACUCCCGGUGAUACUCGACUGUGACAAAGCGCGAAAUGAAUGCCUAUUACCUUCGUAGUUAGGCGAACGUUACGAUUCCAUAAUUAUUACAGUUCCUUGUACGUUUUAUUUUGACGUCGCUAGCCUUAAUCACGAGUGAGACUUUCACGGCAUUAGCUUUAGUGCAUUGAGGACCUGUGGCCCCGACUUUUCAUAGCGAGGCGGCCAGUAGGCAGACGAUUUACAUAUGGCGCAUUCUGUGGUUUGAGUUGAUAAUAUUUUGUGAUAUUCCGGUGGCAGGGUCUGGGUGCAGGGAACUGCGUUGGUACGGGGCUUGGGCAAUCAAUGGUACAACGCUCGGCUAGGAGAUCUUGAAGGCCCGGUUUUAUUUUCCCGAUUGAUAUUAUUGAGUUGUCAGUUGAUUCAGUUGAAUUCGGGCGAUUGCGUGAUAACUUGAACGAGCUAUACUGCGUGUAAAAUAUACAAGGUACGCUA